AUGGUGAAGGUCGACGUGUUUGGGACGGGCUUUGCCCUCCAAGCUGCCAUUUGGGUGACUUGUGGGAUGGCAUUUAUUCUUUUCGGCUACGAUCAAGGCGUCUUCUCCGGAAUCAUAGAAAACGACAACUACCUCGAAACCAUGGGCCAUCCGAACGACAGUCUAACGGGUAUCAUCGUCUCAAUAUACAAUCUGGGGUGUUUUUCCGGGUGCAUAGUGAACUUCCUGUUGGGCGACUGGUUGGGACGCCGACGCGCCAUGUGGUUUGCAAUGACUUGGGUUAUUAUCGGUGCUAUACUGCAAUGCUCGGCGUAUUCCGUUCCACACAUGAUGGUUGGCCGUUUCGUAUGCGGAAUCGGCACCGGGAUUGAGACGUCCACGGUGCCAAUGUACCAAGCGGAACUAUGUGAGGCCAGCAAGCGAGGCAAGCUAAUCUGCAGUGAGCCUUUGCUAGUUGGCGUGGGCAUCGUGAUCAGUUACUUCUUCGAUUACGGGAUGAGUUUCGUUGGAGGGCAGAUUGCGUGGCGGUUGCCAAUUGCGUGUCAGAUGAUUUGGGCUUUUAUCGUCAUCGUGCUUGUCUUCGGGCUCCCUGAAUCGCCACGGUUUUGCUACCAACAUGGACGGAACGAGGAGGCAUUGCAGAUUCUCAGCGAUGUGUAUGGUAAACCGAAAGAUGGCCCACAGAUUCAGUCUGAGCAGACGGAGAUUCUGGACGCGAUUGCAGUGGAGACAGAAAAUGGGGGAUUCAAGUGGAGAAACAUCCUCAAACGCGAUGAAGUCUCAACUGGCUACAGAGUCCUCCUCGCCUACGGCAUGCAGUUCAUGAACCAAGUCGGCGGCGUAAACCUCGUCGUCUACUUCAUCCCCACCGUCCUAAACACAAACGUCGGCCUCUCCAAAAACCUCUCCCAAAUCAUCGGCGGCUGUGUCCAAAUCAUGUUCGUCCUCGGCUCCCUCUUCCCUACCAUCUUCGUCGACCGCGUCGGCCGCCGCCAGCCCAUGAUGUGGGGAUCCUUUGGGCUGGGUAUCUGCAUGAUGAUGGUGGCUAUACUACUUAGUUUCAAAGGGCAGGCGAAUGAGCAUGCGACGUCGUCGGCGGCGGUGUCGUUUUUCUUUGUGUAUAUGUUGAUUUUUGGGGCGUCGGUGAAUUGUAUUCCGUGGUGCUAUGUUCCGGAGAUUUUGCCGUUGCAUGCGAGGACGAAGGGGACUGCUAUUGGGGUUUCGUCGAAUUGGAUUUGGAACUUCUUCGUCGUGAUGAUAACCCCCGUCAUCAUCAACCGCCUCCAAUGGAAAGCGUAUCUGAUCUUCAUGUGCACGAACUUCGCCUUCGUGCCACUCAUCUACUUCUUCUACCCCGAGACAGCCAAUAUGACGCUCGAGGAGAUUGACUAUCUGUUUACGAACCCGGAUAAGGGGCCUGUUCAGCUGUCGAAGGACAUUGCUAAGGAGAGGCGGAAGCAUGGGCGGGUUAGUGUUGUGGGUAUGGUUAGGGGGGAGGCAAAGGGGGAGAUGGAGGAGGAUAUUAAGAGUGGUGCUGGGGAGGGGCAUAUUGAGAAGGUUUGAUUUGUGGGUUGGAUUUGAUACGGGUAGAGCUUGGUAAAUCAUAAAUGCGUUGUAUAUUUUGCGUGGAUUCUAUACUCUAGACGGUGUCAAAAAUCAUUUGUCUUCGAU